CUUGAAACAACGCUAAAUUCUAUGCAAAAUAGAAAUAAAUAAACUGAAGCUGACCUGACCGAAAUUAAGCAAUGGAGGGACACUUAUAAAACAGAAGAAAAUAAUAUGAAGGAACACAUAGAACAAUUGGCUAUAAAACAAAAACAUAAUGCUAAGCUAUUCCGAAAGCAAAUUAACGAACAGAAACUUAUAACGGACGAGAUGAAUGAAGAACUGACACAAUUGAAUGAAAUAAAACAAUGCAGGAAAACACUAAUAUCAGAACAUAACACUAUGGCGAAAAAACUUGAAGAAUUGUCUCAGAAAGAAAUAGAUAAUAAAGAAAAGAUUAGAGAACAAAUAAAAGAAACCAAAACCAAAAUAAAUGAGUUGAAUAAAGAAAUCGAGACACUCAGAGAAAAGGAAUCAAACGCAAAACAAGCUCUCGAAAGCACGAAUACAGAGAUGAACAAAUUUGACAUUAUAUUAAACAAAAUAAAUGAAGAAUUAGAAAUUCAAUCAACUAAAACAGAGAAAUUGCAAAAACAAGUAAAAAGUCAUUCUGAUGAUAUUUCUCACUUGAGGGAAGAAGGAAAUAAAAACAAAAAUACGGAAACCAAAGUAGAAAGCAUAGCGUCACUUUCACGAUCCUUAACCAAAGAUUGAUGCCCGUUGAAAAUUUAAUUCAAUUGUAUAAUCAAAACUUGGCAAAUAGACAGAUGAACAAACAAAAGCUUGCAACUUUGGAAAAUGAUGU